AUGUCUGAAAAGAAGCAGGAAGAUGAUUACAUCUCAGGCCCUGUCCUAGAAGGCGACUCAAACGCUCGCGAUGAAGUUUUUGGUGAAAUUAAUGGCGAGGGCCCCAAUUACCGUAGUGUAGGAUGGAAGGGCACGGCUGUUCUGAUGAUGAAAACUCAAUGUGGACUUGGUGUUCUUUCAAUUCCUAGUGCUUUUGAUGCCAUUGGCAUUGUUCCAGGUGUUAUAUGUUUAUGUGCCAUCGCCGCCAUCACAACAUGGUCCGACUAUAUCAUCGGUGUUUUUAAGCUUCGCCAUCGUGAAGUCUACGGAAUUGACGAUGUUGGAGGUAUGCUCCUGGGUCGCACUGGAAAGGCUAUUCUUGGUGCAGCUUUUGUUCUCUGGUGGACUUUUUGUGCCGGAUCUGGCAUGCUAGGGCUUUCAAUUGGCUUGAAUGCUGUUUCCGACCACAUUACCUGCACUGCAGUCUGGGUAGCCGUCUCUUUUGUUUGUGCGGCUAUUUUAUCCAGCAUUCAGACUCUUGGUCGUAUUUCAUGGCUUGCCUGGGUCGGUUUAUUUUGUAUCCUCACCGCAAUUAUGAGUGUUACUAUCGCAGUCGGUGUUCAAGAUCGUCCAGCAGGUGCACCACAGACUGGGGUCUGGAAAUCCGACUAUGAAAUUGUUAAAAGUCCUUCAUUCAGUGAGGCCGCGACUGGUUUGUCGACUAUGGUUUUUGCCUAUGCCGGCACACCAGCUUUCUUCUCGAUUGUUUCGGAGAUGCGCGAGCCCCGCCACUAUGGCCGAGCUCUCGUCCUCUGCCAGACCACUGUGACUCUAUUCUAUCUUGUCGUCGGCAUUGUGGUUUACUAUUACUGCGGAUCAUACGUGUCUUCACCUGCCCUUGGAUCAGGCGGUCGCGUUAUGAAGAAGGUAGCUUACGGAUUCGGUAUCCCUGGAUUGCUCGUCAGUACAAUGCUCUUUGUCCACUUAUCCGCAAAGUAUAUUUUCAUCCGAGCUAUGGGUAACUCCAGGCACCUUGGUGCAAACACCAUCACUCACUGGGUUGUGUGGCUCAGCUGCACUAUUGGUGUUUCCCUUGUGGCAUAUAUUAUUGCUAGUGCGAUUCCCGUGUUCAGCGACUUGGUUUCCCUGGUCGGAGCCCUAUUCGGCACUCCGUUGUGUUUCCAACCCAUGGCAGGCAUGUGGCUCUAUGAUAACUGGUCUCAGAAGCGGUCAGCCAGAUGGAUGCUCAUGGUCGCCUGGUGCGGCUUCAUCAUCAUCGCUGGAACAUUCCUCAUGAUUGGAGGAACUUAUGGGUCUAUUGUGAGUAUCAUGGAUGAUUAUAAAAAGAAUGGGGGUCAUCUGCUUGGUCCUGUGCCGAUAACUCCGGCUCCUAAGAUACUGAGAGACAUUAAAAGCAGUUAA